CGGGCACGGACUAUUAUCUGCUCGGGGGUAGAACGGUAGAUUUCAUGGGUAUGCUGCAAGCUAAAAUUAUGCUCGGCUUGACUAGACAGCGUCGCCUCUGCGUGCACCGAAAGCUUUAGUCGGGAGCAAACCAACGAGGGCGAGGAGGACGUGGAAUCACAGCGGUGAUGACGCUUGAUUCAUUUAGAGCGGCCGGGUUUACUAAAUAGAUGUCAAAGACCCCUCACUCUUCCCUUUAGUCGCAGACCAUUGCGUAAGCACUGUACGCUAACAAUUCGACUUUUUAUUUCGCUACAAAUCCCAAGAGACAGCGAGCGCCGUCGGUUGAGUGCGGCAGGGGAAAAAAGAAGCUGACCAUGUUGUUUCGUCGAGUGUGAAGCUCCGGCCUUAUUGUGGUGGGUGCAGAUGUCUGGAUAGAGGUAGAUCUCGUUGCAGCAGGUGUCGUUCCACAAUGACUACGCGCCGCAAAGGUACUGUAAGCUUCAGCGAGGCGUCCGCCUCGACGAUGACUAACGGUAUGCUGGCGGGUGCCUAUUACCGGCGUGGCCCCGGCGGUAACUUCAUCCAAGACAGCUUCCACAGCUCCACCGACGUCCCCACGUAUAUCGCGUGGCAGACCCUGUCCACCGACUUGUCUGAGGGCUUGCGCCAAGGCUCGAUUCGUCUAAGCCGUACCAACACGCUCGAGUACGUGCCCAUCACCGAGGAGGAUGAGGAGGCACCGUUGGUAAACAUUCAGGACGCCACGAGCUUGUCAAAGUCAACCGUCUCCACGCCCACUGUUGAGCAAGGGGUCGCAUGGAGCGUGGCCGCUUUCCUGUUGGUCAACUCGGCUUUGGGCGCCGGGGUGCUCAACUAUCCGGCUGCUUACGAUCGCGCUGGCGGCAUUCUGGCAGCAACGCUCCUACAAGUACUCAUGAUCUUCUUGAACGUGGUGACCAUGCUGAUCCUGGGCUACUGCGCCGACCUGAACGGUGACAACACAUUUCACGACGUGCUGCUGACCACAUGUGGUCGGCGAGCACAGCAGAUAGCAGCUGCAUCGAUCUUGCUGUCGUGCUACGGCGUCUGCAUCACCUUCCUCAUCAUCAUCGGUGACCAGUAUGACCGGU